GGCUCUCUACCCUCAGCCCUGUGUCUGGGAUCAUUAGGAAUCGGGGGCUCUGGGCGGGGCCACCAGGCCAGGCCCUCCCAGGGGUAAGGUCCUGGGUGUCCAUUUUUGGGGCUCGGGGAGGGUCCUCGGGCAGGCCCAGCCAGGCGCACCCCAACCCCACCCACGGAGGCUCCCUCAGCCGCCGGCCCACGUCCCACCUGCCCGGCCCUGUCCCCCCACCCCUGAGGCAGGCUGGGCUCUGCCUUACUUCCAGUAAAAUGGCUUCGUCUUCAUAUUAGGCCAAGGCGAGAGCGGAGACAUUUAUGAAACUUUGUUUAAUGUACUGAAAAGCCAUCGGCCAGAACAUUUAGGAAAUUGAUUUUCCUGGCAUUGAUGAACUCGUUUUAUUUUACCCCAGUAUUAAUUACUUUUUUUUUAAACAAAUUAAUUUAAGAGUCGUAAAACCUAACAAGUGAGCCAAAUGUCCAUAGAUCAUGUCCCGCUCCGCCCCUCCCCACACCGGCCCCCUCCCUCUGCGGGUGGGGGCUCCUGCCCUUGGGGGGGCUCCCGUCCCCUGCUCCCCGGCUCCCUCCCAGAGGUGACCGCCGUCCUCUCUGCCGUAGGAGAGGCCUCCUCGCUGCGGGACUACGCGGCCUCCACCAUGACCGAGUUCCUGGGCAUGUUCGGCUACGACGACCAGAACACGAGGGACGAGCUGGCCAGGAAGAUCAGCUUCGAGAAGCUGCACGCAGGCUCCGCCCCCGAGGUGGCCACCUCCUCCGCGCUGCCCGCCGGGGAGGACGCCCUCAGCAAGCGGGCGCGUUUCUCCAAGUACGAGGAGUACAUUCGGAAGCUCAAGGCGGGCGAGCAGCUCUCCUGGCCGGCCCACGGCACCAAGGCCGAGGAGCGCGCGGGCAAGGACGCCCUGGGCCCCCUGCCCGGCCUGCGGCUGCCCAGCCACACGGCGCACCUGGAGACCAAGGCCACCAUCCUGCCGCUGCCCUCGCACAGCAGCGUCCCCAUGCAGGGCCUGGUGGCCCGGGCCUCCAAGUACGACUUCUUCAUCCAGAAACUGAAGACGGGCGAGAACCUGCGGCCCCAGAACGGCAGCACCUACAAGAAGCCGUCCAAGUACGACCUGGAGAACGUCAAGUACCUGCACCUCUUCAAGCCCGGGGAGGGCAGCCCCGACAUGGGCGGGGCCAUCGCCUUCAAGACGGGCAAGGUGGGGCGCCCCUCCAAGUACGACGUCCGGGCCAUCCAGAAGCCGGGCCCUGCCAAGGUGCCACCCGCCCCCAGCCUGGCUCCUGCUCCCCUCGCCAGCGUGCCCAGUGCCCCCAGCGCCGCUGGGCCGGGGCCCGAGCCACCUGCCUCCCUGCCCUUCAACACCCCCGAGUACCUGAAGUCGACCUUCUCCAAAACAGACUCCAUCACCACGGGGACCGUCUCCACUGUCAAGAACGGAUUGCCCACAGAUAAACCAGCUGUCACCGAAGAUGUAAACAUUUACCAGAAAUAUAUUGCCAGGUUCUCGGGCAGCCAGCACUGCGGCCACAUCCAUUGCGCCUACCAGUACCGCGAGCACUACCACUGCCUGGACCCCGAGUGCAACUACCAGAGGUUCACGAGCAAGCAGGACGUGAUCCGGCACUACAACAUGCACAAGAAGCGCGACAACUCCCUGCAGCACGGCUUCAUGCGCUUCAGCCCGCUGGACGACUGCAGCGUCUACUACCACGGCUGCCACCUCAACGGGAAGAGCACCCACUACCACUGCAUGCAGGUUGGCUGUAACAAGGUGUACACGAGCACGUCGGACGUGAUGACGCACGAGAACUUCCACAAGAAGAACACGCAGCUCAUCAACGACGGCUUCCAGCGCUUCCGGGCCACCGAGGACUGCGGCACAGCCGACUGCCAGUUCUACGGGCAGAAGACCACACACUUCCACUGCAGGCGCCCCGGCUGCACAUUCACCUUCAAGAACAAGUGUGACAUCGAGAAGCACAAGAGCUACCACAUCAAGGACGACGCCUACGCCAAGGACGGCUUCAAGAAGUUCUACAAGUACGAGGAGUGCAAGUACGAGGGCUGCGUGUACAGCAAGGCCACCAACCACUUCCACUGCAUCCGCGCCGGCUGCGGCUUCACCUUCACCUCCACCAGCCAGAUGACCUCGCACAAGCGCAAGCACGAGCGCCGGCACAUCCGCUCGUCGGGCGUGCUGGGGCUGCCGCCCUCGCUGCUGGGCGCCAAGGACACCGAGCAGGAGGAGUCCAGCAACGACGACCUGGUGGACUUCUCUGCCCUGAGCAGCAAGAACUCCAGCCUGAGCGCCUCCCCCACCAGCCAGCAGUCCUCCGCCUCCCUGGCCACCGCCACCGCCACCGCCACUGCCGAGGCCGUGCCCGGGGCCACCAAGCCUCCCAACAGCAAGAUCUCCGGGCUGCUGUCCCAGGGCCUGCCCGGCUCCAUCCCCCUGGCCCUGGCCCUCUCCAACUCAGGCCUGCCCACCGCUGCCUCCUACUUCCCCAUCCUCCCGGGCAGGGGCGGCGCCUCCCUGCCUGUGGGCACCCCCGGCCUCAUGGGUGCCAUGUCGUCCGGGGCAGCAGCCGCGGCGACACCCGACACAGCCACUCUGGGCGCCUCGGGAGCUGGGGACUCAGCCCCCGCCACCGCCACCGCCGCCUCUGUCUCGGUGCCCCCCGCCUCCAUCAUGGAGAGGAUCUCUGCGAGCAAGGGCCUCAUCUCGCCCAUGAUGGCCAGGCUGGCCGCGGCCGCCCUCAAGCCCUCUGCCACCUUUGAUCCAGGAAAUGGGCAGCAGGCCACCCCCGCCAGGUUCCCCCCGGCCCCGGUGAAGCAGGAGCCCGGUGAGAACGCUGGUGCCCCCGGUUCCCACGAGGCCUCCCAGGACCGCAGUGCAGACCUGACGGUGAAGGAGCCCAGUAAUGAAUCAAAUGGCCACGCAGUCCCGGCAAAUUCAUCUCUUUUAUCCUCGCUUAUGAAUAAGAUGUCUCAGGGCAACCCCAACCUCGGCAGCCUGUUGAACAUCAAGACGGAAGCAGAGGGGAGUCCUAACGUGGAGGCCUUGCCCUUCCUGGGCAAGGCCGCGAAGGCGCUGGUUCAGGAGAAGCUGCCGGAGCCCUGGAAGUUGUACCUGCGCAGGUUCGGUACCAAGGACUUCUGCGACGCCCAGUGUGACUUCCUUCACAAGGCCCACUUCCACUGCGUGGUGGAGGAGUGCGGCGCGCUUUUCAGCACCCUGGACGGGGCCAUCAAGCAUGCCAAUUUCCACUUCCGGACGGAGGGAGGAGCCGCGAAAGGCAAUGCGGAGGCCUCCUUCCCGGCCUCGGCUGCUGAGACCAAACCUUCCUUGGCCCCCUCGUCCCCGCCGGCGCCGCCCGUCACCACGGCCACGGUGUCCUCUCUGGAGGGACCCACUCCCAGCCUGGCCACGGUGCCCUCCGCCCCCACCCUGCUCGCCUGGAAGCAGCUGGCUUCCACCAUACCCCAGAUGCCUCAGAUUCCAACGUCAGUGCCUCACCUGCCCACUUCGCCCUUGGCAACGACUUCUCUAGAAAACGCCAAGCCCCAGGUCAAACCCGGAUUCCUCCAGUUCCAGGAGAACGAUCCUUGCCUGGCGACGGACUGCAAGUAUGCCAACAAGUUCCACUUCCACUGUCUCUUUGGGAACUGCAAGUACGUCUGCAAGACCUCCGGCAAGGCCGAGUCCCACUGCCUGGACCACAUCAACCCCAACAACAACCUGGUGAACGUGCGAGACCAGUUCGCUUACUACUCCCUGCAGUGUCUCUGUCCCAACCAGCACUGUGAGUUCCGGAUGCGCGGCCACUACCACUGCCUCCGGACCGGCUGCUACUUUGUGACCAACAUCACCACCAAGCUGCCGUGGCACAUAAAGAAGCACGAGAAAGCUGAGCGGCGGGCAGCCAACGGGUUCAAGUACUUCACCAAGCGCGAGGAGUGCGGCCGGCUAGGUACCGACGGCCAGGCCCGGGGCGGGGACGUGCAGCAGGCGGCGGGGCCGGGGCCCUGGCCCCCGGGUCCUUUCUCUUGGCACCUACCUCCUGCCCCCGCACAUCAGGCUCCAGAUUUUGUUAAAAAUGUCACAGACAUCACAAGCCAGGCAUCGUCAAACUGGGAAAACCGUCAGAACCCAGGAGCCCAUGGGCAGGGGGUGCAGGUGACGUGGAGCACACGCCCACCUGGGGCAGCGCCUGGCCCUCAUCAGGUGCCUAGGCCUGGGCUUGGUUCUCUUUCU